UUCUGCACUGACUGAGUCUCCUCUGUCCCAAUCGCAUUUCACAAUACUGAAGUUCUCUGUUUCCAUCAAAUCAGCUUCGCUGUUACUGUUGCUAUGCCAUGCCUGAUUCAACUUGUCCGCGGGAAACGAUAAGGAAGUUAUUUAGGGUUAACCGUGCCAAAUGAAUUCCUGGGUUACAUGUACAACAAUUCCAAAUUAAUAUUUGAAUUAACAGCAAGCAGAAUAUUUUAAAGAAAGGUCCUUGUUGUGACUGUAUUGCGUUAAAAGGUAAUGUGUUAUUGAAUUGCUGGAGAAGAGGCCCAUGUAAUGUAAACAGGAAGAGAGACGAAGGAAGAGAGGAGAGAGGAACGAUCAGUGUUGUUAUUUAAACUAACUCAUUUGGGAUGACUGUGCUUGUCUGUAGAAUUCAGUUUUGUUAAUAAGGGGAUGCCUUUGUAAAACGCGGGGGUUACCGAAGACAUAGCUUUUGAUUUGACGUUUAUUUACGUACGAGCUGGACGAUAAACAAAUACAUUUUUAUAAUUACGUAUUUACUGAUUAUUAUAUAUAAGGUAAAAUGAAACUGGUUCGAGCGAAAUAUCAAGAACUAGCUAAAUAUAUGGAGCACCUCAGACCUACCAGGCAGUGCAUGAAAAUGCUUAAAGAAAAGUUUUCCAGUCAAUCGCAGUCCACUCUACUGAGCAUCUUCUCCCAGGAGUACCAGAAACGAAUCAAAAGAAGCCAUGCAAGGCAUCACACUGCAGAGGCGAUUGAAAACUACUACCAAAGGUACCUGAGUGAGGUGAAGAAAAAUUUGACUGCCCCUGUCCUUUUAGAAUUGGCCAAUGAGGUGGACUUUUCCCCCUCACUGAUGGCUCGGAUGGUGCUAGAAAGGUAUCUUCAAGAACUUGAGGGAACACCACCCUCCAAGCCUGUUCUAAACAGUAUGCUACGGGAACCAUCUUUAAUUCCUGACAGAUUUUUAGCCAAUCAAGUGUACCAGUGCACAAUAAAUGACUGUUGUUAUGGACCAUUGGUAGACUGCAUCAAACAUUCCAUUGGACAGGAACAUGAAAUUCUGCUGCGAGAUAUGCUUAGAGAAAGAAACCUGUCCUUUUUAGAUGAAAAUCAGCUUCGUGCCAAGGGUUAUGACAAGACACCAGAUAUAAUUUUGGAAGUUCCAAUAGCCGUGGAAGGUCAUGUAGUUCAUUGGAUUGAAAGCAAGGCUUCGUUUGGGGAUGAGUAUAGUCACCGCUCCUACCUGCAUGACCAAUUUUGGAGCUACUGGAAUAGGUUUGGUCCUGGAUUAGUUAUCUACUGGCAUGGAUUUAUAGAGGAGCUUGACUGUCAUCGCGAACGCGGCAUCCUGCUUAAAGACUGCUUCCCCUUAGACAUUGUAACAUUAUGCCACAGUUCAAGCCAGAGUUAGUGGUGGAAGAGGAGAAGGAGAGAGGGUGAAUCCGGAAGCAAUUUUACUUUCCUGCAGUGCAAACUACUGGCAAACAUCUGCCCUGAACUUCAGAUGAACUCCUGCUGUCCAGGGUCAUACUAAUACCUCUUUAUAAAAACAUACUCUGAGUUUCUGUUUAACUUCACUCCCAUGCUUGUGUGAGCAGCCAAAACUGACAGACACAUCCCACUCAUUAUCACCAGCUCUGUCUCUGUCGAACAGUUUAAAGAUAGCAAUAAUCUUUCUUCCCUCUGAAUUUUUUAAAGCAACACAAAUCAAUAGGUGUGACUUUUUAAAGACAUGGUUCAUUUAAAAAAAAAAAGGCAAAUGCUAAAUAAAUGUUUUAUUUUUUUCCUCAUUUCAGCUCAAUGUAACUACUGUGGUAUAUUAUAGUAAUCUUAUUUCCUUCUCUGCUGUUUGUUUGAUAGAUACACACGUUGUAGUUUUUUAAGGUGUGAAAGCAUGAUUUUCCUGUCCGAGCUGAAACUUCACAGGGCUAUUUUUAUUAAUAAAAUAUCUGUAUUAGAUCUUAAAACUGAGUGAGCUUAUAUAUCAUUCAUUGAAAUUAAAUGAUAGAGUUGGUCUUUUCA